UGCCACCCUGGCUUACCUGUACAGACAGCUUUGUCGCGGCUGCCAGAGAGGGAGCACAGAGCUUGGGGGGUUUUGCUACUCCUCCAGAUUUGGUCAUGGGAGUAUAUCCACAUUGGGCGUCCCAUUAUAGUCGGAUAUCAUGGCAUUGAUGGACAGCCACUGCCUGAUGAGCCUGCAGGUCUUCUAGGACCACAUCAUGUACGGGGCGAGGAUCCACUAGGCCGUCGAUGGCUAUAUGCUGGUCUAUCUCGCAUGUCAUCCGCUAGUGGGCUCGGUGUGUACAUGGAUGCAUUUGAUCGGAUGUCUGAGGACCAGGUAUGGUGUGGGUAGUAUAACAUUAACUAUAAUAUGUAUAGAAAAUCUCCUAAUUUUGUAUCUUUAUGAAACAUAUUACAUGGAUGCCGUUUACACCUGAGAUGUUAGCAGAGUUACCCCCAGCUGGACGAGAGCAUACUGACAUAUGGCGAGCACGUGUGCCGUUGAUAUGUUUUGACAUUGUUGAGCUUCAUUUGCCUGAUAGAGUCUUGCGACAGUUUGGUUUUGAGCAGGUCGUUCCACGGCCUAUCGACACUUAUGUUGAGCUGCAUAGGCUGGAUAGGCGUGGGAAGCAUACAGAGGAUUGGGCACUCAGACAUGUCCGAUACGUGACUAUGUGGGAAAGGAGAGCUGAGCUAGUUGUGGCUGGGACACCGACAUAUGUGCCAUCUGUUUCAGGAGACUACAUGGGAUGGUAUUACAGCAUCACUCGUUUGUUUGUGUCUCCUUCGUUCAGACUCCCUACUCAUCAUUAUCAGCCUAGCUCCUUGGCUUUGCAUCUUACGACACGAGCUUUGCAGCGCAUACAUCAGCGGGCUACUGCCACAGUGACUGAUAGUCAUGAUGCGGACAUGUAUGGACAGGCUCUGACAGGCAUUGCGUCCUUGUGUUCAGAUGUGUUGGGGCGAGUCGACUACGGCCAUCUUAUACACAUGCCCCCAUCUCAGGAGAUGCCAUCCACGUCUAGUGCAGCGGCAGCUUCAUCAUCCCAG